AUGUCUAUGAUUUGCUGUGGAACCAAAGCUUCACGGAAGUCCUCCUACAGACUACAUCACACUCCACCUUGGCUUCUCAGCUUCUUGUUUGCACUUCAACAUCUUCUGGUCCAGGCUUCUUUGCUAUGUACCUGUCACAGCCUUCUCCUCCAGAGUCGCCCAUUGGCACCACCAGAUCAGAGUCGUCUAUUGGCUAGCAGCCUCUUUGCCUGUGGCAUUGCUACCAGCUUACAAAGUGCUCUGGGAACAAGGUUGCCACUGGUGCAAGCUCCCACCUUUGAACUACUUGUCCCAACCAUAAUCUUGAGCAAAUACUCAGCUGUUAAUAGAACUUCUUCUGGGAUUGAUUCCCAGGCAUCAGUAUAUUGCACGGGUAUGUCAUGUGAGAGACUGCAGAGUGACUUCCAGCCAAUCAGAGAGGUUUCAGGAGCACUUGUAAUCUCAGGAGCUCUGCAGAUUCUCUCCGGGAUCUCUGGAAUCUGGGGCUGGAUUUUGCAGUUUUCUGGACCAAUGGUCAUUGCACCAGCACUGUCAAUCAUUGGCCUUUCCUGUUAUAAACCUGCAGCCCUGCUGUGUUCCUCCAACUGGGGUAUAUCCUUGAGCCUCAUUGCAGUUACUGGCUUGUUGUCACAAACCCUCCGUUCCCUCUACUUCCCUCUGUACACCUGGGAGAUGAAACGUGGGAUACGGAGAAGAUAUGUCCCGGUGCUCCGCAUGCUGUCUAUAAUCCUCCCUAUUUCUUGCAUCUGGAUUGUCUGCAGCUUUUGGGUUUAUGAGAAGACUGAAUUUCCAAGUGAAAUCCGCCUAGCACAGAAUAUAUCAGCAUUCGUCACAGAUGAGAAACUUGGAUCUUUCCCUGGUCAUAGAGAGAACUCCACAGAACUAACCCCAUGGUUUCAUAUCCCCACUCUAGGUGCCUGGGGCUGGCCCCAGCUCAGUCUGCAGACCCUGGGUGUGGGCACUGCGAUGGCUCUGACCACCAGUCUGUCCUCUCUUUGUUGUUACAUCUUAUGUGCUCGGAUGCUGUGCUGCUACCCUCUUCCAUCACACGCGUGUAAUCGAGGAAUCAGUAUGGAAGGUGUUGGAAACGUUCUGUCCGGAGUCCUGGGCAGUGUGUGUGGAGCAGGAUCUAACAUCCCCAGUGCCAGCACUGCAGGGAUUACACAGGUUGGUUCUCGCCACUCAGCUCAGCUAUGUGCUAUAAUGUUCAUUCUGCUGGGCCUCUCCCCAAAGCUGUCACAGGUCCUGAUGAGUAUCCCUUCUGCUGUGCACGGAGGCACGUUGUGUCUGACAUUCUCCAUGGCGGUGGGUGGAGGGGUUUCCUUUUUCCAGUAUGCAGAUAUAGACUCAGGAAGAAACAUCUUCAUUGUUGGCUUUACUAUGUUCAUGGCUCUGUUGGUGCCGAGGUGGCUGGAUGCAGUGCCAGCAAUGUUGGAUACAGGCUGGCCUGUGCUUGACAUGGUCUUCUUGUCUCUCCUGACUACUCCCAGUUUCCUAGGCGGGCUGUUCUCAUUUGUUUUGGACAACACAGUUGAAGGAUCUCUGCAGGAGCGGGGUCUGCAUACAAGCAUCUCGCUCUGGCAUGCUACAUCCACAGAAGAUGUACACAGGGGUAUGAAAAAAGAGUUGGCGCAGGCUUACGAACUUCCUACUGCACUGGCUCGCCACUUCCCUGCUGUGUAUCCCUGCAACCAGCUUUGUGCUUUGCCAUCUGACUCAGUGGUGAUAGCAGUGGGAGAAGAUGACAAACUCUUGAUGACAAGAGAUCCUGCGACCGUGUAAUGCAGGGAUCAUGGCAGCAGAAUGUAGACAAUUCUACCAGCGCAACUCGAGCAUCUGCAUGGGAGUGAUCCAUUAUUGCUUCUUUCAUAAAGACCCGACUUGACCUAUCCCUGCAAAUGGAGGAGAGAUAACCAGAGAAAUGACCAUUGGAGCAGCAAUGGAGGUUGCUGGGG